AUGGCUCUCCAAGCACAUGUAACUAGAAAUAAUCUUCGAAAGCCUCAAGUUUUAACUUUAGGCGAUUAUGUACGACAAAAUAAUUUAACUUGGAGUGGACAAAAUUAUGCAAAUGUACAACGUGAUCUUGAUUGGUAUCAAUAUGUAAGACGACAAGCAAAUAUGCCAAUUCAACGUGGUAUUCCUUAUGGUAAAAGACCAAGGCCUAAAAUUCAAUCACGAACUCAAAGUGUAAUUCUAUCUAAUAAUAAUAAGGUUGGUCUAAGUAAAAUAAAUUCUAAUGCUCCAUCAGUUACUUUAACAUGGCUUGAUUUACAAGCUGAAAUACCACCAAAAGAUAAAGGUAUUACACGAACAAUAACAAAAGCACUUUGUCGAACGAAAGAAAUUAGUGAAUCAAAAAUAUUAUUAAAAGGAGUUAGUGGUAUUGUUAAACCAGGUCAAUUAUUAGCUAUAAUGGGUGCUAGUGGUGCUGGUAAAACAACAUUAAUGAAUCUUUUAGCACAUCGUCGACCUGGUGCAUUAAAAAUUGCUGGUGAAGUAAGAGUAAAUGGAACAAAAAUGGGUCGAUAUAUAAAUCGAGUAGCUGGUUAUGUUCAACAAGAAGAAUUAUUUAUACCAUCAAUGACAACAAGAGAACAUUUAUAUUUUCAUGCUAUGUUAAGAUUAAAUCGUGAUAUGUCAAAAGAACAACGUAUUAAUCGUGUUGAAGAUUUAUUGAUUUUUUUAAACUUAAAAAAAGUUGAAAAAACAGUUAUUGGUCAACCUGGACUUAUCAAAGGUUUAUCUGGUGGUGAAAAGCGACGUUUACUUUUUGCUUCUGAAGUACUUUGUGAUCCACCAUUAUUAUUCGCUGAUGAACCAACAUCAGGUCUUGAUGGAAGUAUGGCAUUUACUAUAUGUGAUGCAAUGCGUAAAUUAUGUAAUCAAGGUAAAACAAUUGUAUGUACAAUUCAUCAACCAUCAAGUGAAAUUUUUCAAUUAUUUGAUACACUUUAUUUAUUGGCUGAGGGACGUGUGGCUUAUUUUGGAGAAAGAAAAAACGCACAAACAUUUUUUAGUGGAUUGGGUUUCAAUGCACCAGAUAAUUACAAUUUAUCGGAUUUUUAUAUACAAACAUUAGCUAUACUAUCAUUUAACAGAGAAAAUUCACUAGAACGUGUCAAAUAUAUUUGUGAUGAAUAUGAAAAAUCACCACUUUAUGCUGAACAUAUUGCCGAAGUUCAACCAUAUCAUACUAUUGAUGAUGAUCAAUCAGCUUCAUCUAGUAGAUUAUUUAGUCGUUCACCAAAAUAUAAAACUAAUUUUUUCACUCAACUUCGUUGGUUAUUAUGGCGUUCAUCUAUUGAUGCGUUUAAAAAUCCAUUUGAAUUUCGUCUUCGUUUUAUUUUAUCUAUAGUUAUUAGUAUUCUUUUUGGUCUUCUCUUCUUACGCUUACAAUAUGAUCAACAAGCAUUUCAAAAUAUAUCAUCAGUUAUAUAUUUGUUGAUUAUUAAUAUGUCAUUUUUAACUGUUCAACACGGUUCUAAUAGUUAUAAUCGACAAUUAUCAUUAUUUUUCAAAGAACAUGAUGAUGGAAUCUAUCGUACAAUACCGUAUUAUGUAUCAAGAUUUGUUCUAGAAUUACCAGUAAUUGGAAUAUCAGUGUUUGUAUCGGGAACUAUUGUUUAUUGGAUGGCAAAUUUAUAUAAUAAUGCUCGAACGUAUUUUAUUUUACAAGGUAUUCUUAUUUUAUGUGGUCUAGUUGCAACCUCUGUGGGAGGGCUUAUAGGAGUCUCUACACCAUCACCUGAUGCUGCUGCUGCAUUUGUUGUUCCAAUUGUUAUUCCACUUCUUGUCUUUGGUGGUCUUUUCGUGAAUAUAAAAACAAUACCUAAUUGGCUUAUUUGGAUAAAAUAUCUUUCAUGGAUGUAUUAUUCAAAUGAAAUGGCUUUAAUUAAUCAAUGGAAAGAUGUUCAAUCACUUGAAUGUAAUCAAAAAGAUAAUACAACUUGUUAUCAUAAUGGUACUGAUAUUAUUAAUUAUUAUGGUUUCAAUAAAAACAAUUAUUAUCGUAAUUUGGGUUUACUUUUUGCUCUUUUCGGUACUUUUCAAAUUAUUAGUCUUGUUGUUUUGUUAUUACGAGCAAGAUUUCAACGAAAAGCUGGAUAA